AUGAAUAGUGAUUCACAUUUCAGGGACAUCUUAUCGAGUAAACCGAAGUCAUUACUAUCGGCAUGUGGUUUCGAUGACUCAAAACAGGAAAGCGACCUGUUUGAGAUACUUGCCUGCGCAAAUCCGGAAAUCAUCAAUGUACGGGUGAAGGAUGAAUCGGAUUGCGUCGAGGAUUCGUUUGCCGACAACGAAGAGCAUUCCUUCAACUUCGACUUAGCAUCAACGAGCCAAACCCAUCUUGACCUCUUAGCGCAGGCGCAUUGUCUGGUAAGUAGUCCACCGCGAGAUACGUCGCCGCCGACUGCGAAACGAUCUCGGAACUCAAACGGCGAUCCAAAUAAGGACUAUCACACCUGUCAGAUGUGUGGGACACGAGUGAAAGCGCCGCGAGGUGGCCGAUGGAAUCUUCAAAUGCACGUCAUGGCAAUGCAUUCGUCUUUUCGACCAUAUAAAUGCCGUUCUUGUGAUUUUCAAGACUAUCGGAAACCCGGAAUGCGAAAACAUUGCAUACUUACCCAUGGAGAGGACAUGGAUCCAGUAGACAUUAGGGACAUCUUAUCGAGUAAACCGAAGUCAUUACUAUCGGCAUGUGGUUUCGAUGACUCAAAACAGGAAAGCGACCUGUUUGAGAUACUUGCCUGCGCAAAUCCGGAAAUCAUCAAUGUACGGGUGAAGGAUGAAUCGGAUUGCGUCGAGGAUUCGUUUGCCGACAACGAAGAGCAUUCCUUCAACUUCGACUUAGCAUCAACGAGCCAAAGUAAGACAAUGUGCUAUCACGAAAUAUUAAAUAGGGGUUGA